UGGUUUUAUUAUACAUAAACUAUGUUUAUUGAAAUGAUGGACUACAAUUGACACAGUAUUUGCAUUCUGCUGUACGCCAUCUUCACCUGAAUUCUGUUAACAACGGUUUGGUCAGCCACAGGGAGAUGUAAAGACUGCCAAGUGUUCCUGCCCAGUGUGGAGCUGAGCUGGAAGUUAGGACAGGGAGAGAGUUAAGGAGGAGUUAACUGCAGGGCUCUGUCUGACGCAGUGAGCAGAGAGCUGCUGUGUGAAGUUCCAUCUCCAGCCAUGUGCAUGCUGCCGCCUGCCCGGGACAACAUGUAUCCCAACAGCUCGGAGAACCUGACAGCAUCCGACUCCCCGUCCAGCCUGAGGGCGAAGGACGAGUUGAUGCUCACCUCGGCUUUCGGCACCGUGCUCUCCUUCAUGUGUGUGGCCGGCCUGGCAGGCAAUGUGUACACGCUGGUGCUGAUGUGCCAGUCCAUGCGCUCCGCCGCCUCCAUGUACAUCUACAUCGUUAGCCUGGCGCUGGCGGACCUGCUCUACCUCUCCACCAUCCCCUUCAUCGUCUGCACCUCACUCGCCAAGAGCUGGUACUUCGGGGACCUGGGCUGCCGGCUCCUGCUCAGUCUCGACCUGCUGACCAUGCACGCCAGCAUCUUCACCCUGACCGUGAUGUGCACCGAGCGCUACCUGGCCGUGGUCAAGCCGCUGGCCAUGGUCAAGCGCUCUCAGGGUUACAGGAAGGCGAUGGCCGGGGCGGUGUGGUUGCUCAGCCUGUUCCUCACGCUGCCCGUGACCAGCAUGGUCAAUCUGCAGGAGAGCAGGAGGGAGAAUGGCACUGUGCGCAGAAUGUGCGCCCCAACCUGGACUGGGCAGACCUACACCAUUUACCUGACAGUGCUGUUCAACACCAGCAUUGUGGCGCCCGGGGUGAUCAUCGGCUUCCUGUACACCCAGUUAGCACGGACCUACCUGCAGUCCCAAAGAAACACUCUCUCCAAGAGAGGCAACAGCAGGUCAUCCAAGCAGCGAGUGGUCCUCAUGAUAUUCGGCAUCGUGGUGGUUUUCUGGGCGUGUUUCCUGCCUUUCUGGGUCUGGCAGCUCAUCCGCCUCUAUUGCAAAUCCUUAAAGCUGACCCGGCGGACAGUAACUUGUAUCAACUACCUGAUGACCUGCCUGACCUACAGCAACAGCUGCAUUAACCCUUUCCUGUACACGCUGCUCACUAAGAACUACAAGGAGUACAUGAAAAACAAGCAGAGGCAUUUUCAAAGGUCGGCAUCCGCAUCCUUUAAAAGGCACGCCAGCCUGCGACCGUCCCUAAAGUCCAUCUCCUCCUGUAACCAGACCAGCAACUCCUCCGAAUCAAUAGCCAUGGGUCAUUUGAAAGGGUCGAAAUGACUCUGUUUAUAAGGACAAAGAAACGUGCUCGAACGCUCAGGUUCCAGCUGAGGAAGAAAAUACAUUAUCCCCCAGGAAGACUGGUCAAGGUAUCACCCAGCCAAACUAUCAAGUUUUAUUACUGAUUGAGGCCAGAAAAUAUAAGCAAAUUGCUUUAAAAGGAAAAGGGUGAGUACUCAAAGAUCAUAGACCCUGGGUGACAAGAGAGCUAAACGUUUUCAGUAAAACAGGAAAAAGAAGUCAGUUGUAAAGCAGAAAGUAAUUAUUAUGGAAAGUAUAGGGAGGGAAUUGAAAAGCAAAUAAAGCAGAGAUUACAAAAAGAAAAAAACAAGAAUAAACAUUAAAUUGAACCCUAAAACAUUUUGUAUUACAUGAAUGUAAGUACUGAUUAGGGGAAAUAUUAGUUCUAUUAAGGAACUAAAAAGAGGAAGAGGCAUGAAGCAUGGUUAAAAUAUUAAAUGAGCCUUCAUAAAGGAAGGUGAAGAUGCAGAGGUUAUACUUACCAUAUUAUUUUGUGAGGGAUUAAGGAAGGAUAUUGAUAGCUAGUAAAACAGAAUUAGCAUGACUCUAUGUUGCUAAGUUAGUAGGUCUGGCCACAAUGGCUCCUUCCUAAGUUAAUGAAAGAAGCUGAAGUGUGGAAAAAAGCGAGAUAUUGGUCACAGUCUUUCUGGCUUGUUUGGAAAUAGGAACAAAG